UUGUUCAUUCAUUAGGCUUGUCGUAAUUGAAUGGUUGAUUGACUGACGUAAAUAAACAAUUUCCAUUGCGCGUGUAUUUAUUUCGUGUUCCGUAGUACGCCAUAAUCCACGUGAAUUUGUUUUAAAUAUUGUGACUGGAGUGUUUACAAAUCUUGUAUUGUCAUUUAAACUACAAAAUGUCGUGCCAAGUUUACUUUGAAGAUCGUUUCUCACUCAAUAUAAAAUGCGACAAUGUGUCCUUAUUAAAACGUAGAAUUUCACAACAAUAUGGGAUUCCUUGCGAAGACCUGUACAUUACAAUAAACGGGAAGAUUGCGGGAGAUGAUUUUGGACUGAAAUCUGAAGAAAAUGUGGUCAGAGUGUGCACAAAAUUGGUCGGAGGGAAAGGAGGAUUUGGGUCCAUGCUACGCGCGAUAGGCGCUCAAAUCGAGAAGACAACCAAUCGCGAAGCAUGCCGUGACCUCUCCGGGCGUCGCCUACGUGACAUAAAUGAAGAAAAAAGGCUUAGAAAGUGGUUAGAAGGGCAGGAAGACCGAGAACGCGAAGCGGCGGAGCGUAAGCAGAAGAAAAUCGAAAGAUUAUUGGCUGAGCCUAAAAUCGAAGUAAAUCUUGCUUCGUAUGAGAAAGAAAGACAACAACUGCCUGAGCGUGUCAGUGCAGCAGUAGACGCCGGCUGGAACGCUGCUGGGACGUCUAAUGGUGUGAAACGCAAGGCUGAAGAUGACAAGCCGAAAACAAAGAAAAAGAAGUUAUGGAUAGAUGCAGACUUGUCUGAUUGCUCAUCUCUUAGCGACGACGAGGAGGAUGAGGUUGUCAAAGCAAGUCCGAGUCAUACACAGGUCUCUACGGACAGUGGACAUGAGUCCGAUCAACUGUCUGAAGUUAGCAAAUAAGGUGUAAUAUUUAGAAUUUUGAACAUUAUAAGAUUUUCAAUAGACAGUUCCACUAACUGUGCUCUAUGUACCACUUAACAACUAUAAAUGGCCAGAGAGGCAAAAAAAAUAUAAAAAAUAAAUAGUUUUAAUUUUAAUUGUGAUUUCUAAAUUUAUAUAAAUUAAUAUUAAAUUACCUUGUAAUUAUGGUUUAUAUUUAUUAUUAACAUUGUAAUACCUAAAAUUAUGUUUUUUAAAAUAAAAUGUUAGAAGUAGGAAGAA